CUCCAUGCUGCUGUUUUGUAGCUGUUGCGCGUCAACUGCACCGACAGACAUUCUAAUUAGUGAUCACCACAAAAUCAAACUUUGUGGAACUUGACUGCCAAAAUGAAGUGUGUCAUUGAAAGAAACGGUGUUAAAGUGUUUGGGAAGGCUAUUCAUGCCCUGGCACGCAUAGGAGAUGAAUUAUGGUUGGAUCCUAUGAUGAAAGGGUUGGCAAUGAGGUCAGUGAACUCAGCCCAUUCUGCCUACGCCUGCUUCCUCUUCUCCCCAUUGUUCUUCCAACACUACAGCCCAGACACAGGACCAGCCCAGGACUGUGGAACUGUCAAAUGCAAGUUGGUCAUGAAGUCAGUGCUGCCGCUAUUUCGGUGCCUGGCUACCAUUGAGCGUAAUGUGGAUAGCUGUCAAAUAUCCAUCAAUCUCCCAGACAACCGGGUGAUAUUCCAGUUUCACUGCAGACAUGGUAUCACCAAAACACACAACCUGGGUUUCCAGGAGAAUGAAGCUCUGCAGGCAGUGUUUCCUUCUCACCUCUGCCCCAAUGUCCUGAAGGCCCAGCCCAGACUUCUAGGCGACAUGGUGAUGCACUUCCCAGUGUCUCAGGAAGAGAUCACUCUGUCCAUGUCUCCUCUGAGAGUCAAUCUGAAAAGCUACUAUGAAGAUGAAAGGGAUCAAAUGAAGGCCAUGCACACUGAGAUGUCUUUAGAGCCCAGUGAGUUUGACUACUUCCAGGUUGGAGUUGACUCAGACAUAACCUUCUGUCUGAAGGAGCUGAGGGGAUUGCUGUCAUUUGCUGAAUCACAUGGUCUACCAGUAUCUGCCCACUUUGGUGCUGCAGGAAAGCCGGUGGCCUUCAGUGUAGAGGACAUGGUGCUGGAGGCCAGUGUGGUGUUGGCUACUCUUGUCAACCCAGAGAGCAGGACCCCCUCCCAGGCUACAGAGGCCCAGGCUCCUGCUGCACUAAGGUGUGGAGGUGUUGUGGAGCCUACGGAGGGCCCAUGUGAGGCAGAUGCCGGUCCCCCCCAGGCCCAGGGGUUUCCCUCUGCAGGCGAGCUGAUAGCAUCCAGCCAGGGAAGCCUAGUGUUCAGUGGAACAGCCCUCAUGAGAGAGUUCACCAGGACAGGAGAAGAUUCUGACAGGCUCAGAACACCACGUUACACACACAGAGGUCGUGGCAUCACAACUCCUCCUUCCUCCAAGGUUCGCUCCCUCCUCUUUGGGGCUGUGUCCUGUGAGCAAGGUGAUGGUUGCACCUCUAUGCUGCCCAGUCUGGUGUGUUCCAGUGAUACAGAAGAUGGGGGAGAGGAGAGGGCCAGUGGUGCACUGUAAGUUACCACAGAACAAUGACCAAGUCAAGAACUGUUUUCAUACCCUGCAAGUUUUUUUCAGCAGACCAGUCUUUUCACCAUUGUAUAUUAUAAAUGCAUUUAAAUGAGAACACAAUAUUUUUCAAUGAAUUUGAGUGCUUUAAAUGAAAGUUCAUAAAGCAUGGCUGUUUGUUUUUACUAACAAAUACGUUAUUCCAAUGGUAUGUGCAUUUAUUGCAAGAAACAUAUAUUGUAGAUCUGAAAGUCAGACAUCAAAAGCAUAAAAUUAAUUGGGGUAAACGUCUGUCCUCUCUUCCCUGUGACCCAGAAACCAAUAAGUUCUUGAGAAUUGUCAAUUCAUUAAUAGGUAAAUGGAAGACGGUCCUCCCCUCCUCGAUAGCCUUCAUUUGGCGAGGAAGCACAUGUUUAUGACCAGUCUAAUUUAUACAAGUGCAUUUUCAUCCACUUUCCCCCUACUCGAUUACCUUUGACCUUUUUCAAAAGGAGGCCAGGGAGGACAGAGGUGAGGAAAUCUAAAAUUGUGAAAAGGCCCUAGAUUUGCCCAUGAAAACAUUCCUCAAGCCAAGCGCCUGGGGAUGCCACACCUGGGUGCUGAUAGUAACUCCACACAUCUCACAGACUUGCUAAAGCUUGAGGAACGUGUAACCAAACAUACAGAUCACAUGGAGCCUUUUCAUGUAGCUUCAGGCAGUCCCCUCAGUUGCAUGAGAGCAGACAGCUGCGAGGGAAACACUUGAAUCUAGUCCACUGUGGCCCCUGCUGAGACAGAGGAAUGGAUGAGUCAGAGCAGGGAUAUGCUGCCUGGCAGGGAACAGUAGGAUUCCACCUUCAAAGGGAAAGACUGCAUAAAGAUGAUCUAUCACGUGUAGCAGCAUGGCCUACCUCACUGGGGGGGAGGGAAAUGGUAGCAGUGUUCUGAUUCUAGAUGCUUUUGACCCCCAUGGUUUUCAUUACCUCAGGACCUGUUCAGUCUACUGUGUAAGUUGACAAAUACCUUGCAGAGACCACUGAACAAACAAUAUUGACACAGAAAAACAUGUGACAAGGGUCUGGUUGAAAGGAAAAGAAUGAGGGUAAUAAAUACUGUACUUUAUUGAAAUAUGUUACAGCUUUGAAAACAUGGCAUUGUUGAACUGUAUAUACAAAAUAUAGAUAACGUUACAUGCAGCACUCACUGUAACAAACGUUGCUUUUUGAAUGUAACGAUUAACUGAAGUCUAGAACUGGCCAACAGAACGGGUAGGUCACUAAGUCAGUGUGGAGCAGGAUAUGGACAUCAUGGAGAAGCUUUGAUAUAGUGCUGUCUGACAGGGAGAAUUGCUUGUAUUUUAAGGCUGGUGGGGUUCUUGGCAAUCUCUACAGUGCCAUGAUGUUUGCGAAAACAUUUGGGCCAUCCAGUGCAGGUGUGUUUCAACUCCCAGUGCAGUAAGAAAUGUAUGCAGGGCAUUAAGCCCUUUAGUUUUUUUUAAAUGUCAUAAAACACCUGAUAGCCCUACAUCGGUCAGUACCGGCAUAGAUAUUAUUUUCCUAGUUAGGAGAGAGCCCUUGAAGCAGGACAGUAGCCUGUAGUGAGGGAACACCAUGACAUCAACAGAAAGAAAACCAAGGGGUAUUACAGUUGAUACACAGAACCUUGUUAAAAGGCCCAGUGCAGUCAAAAUUGUGUUUUCCUGUGUAUUAUAUCGUAUCAUAGCUGAUGAAACUCUGCAAAAGUGAGAUUUGUUAUUUCCUAUCUGCACAGGACCUUAUAAUCAGCAAUGUCGCAUGUGCAGGAGUUUGGGCUUUCCAUGGUAAAAUCACCAUGCGGUAAAUUGGUUAAUAGACUAAUAACAAAAAAGGGAAAAGGGGAUACCUUGUACAAGUGAAAUGUGGUAUUUAACCCAACCCCUGUGAAUCAGAGGUGCGGGUUCCAAACUUCUAAAAUGCUAUUUUUUUCAAAUUUUAUGGAAAUCUAUUACAGUAAUGAUGUACUUAAUUGUGUCGAAGUAAUUUGAUAUUGAUAUAAAAACUAUAUCGGGCCUUUAAGGAUUCUAAGAAUUUGUCAUGC